UGAGUAACUGCGCUACGGUCAACAGUUUAAACAGAGAUUGCGUUAGCGACGGACGUACUAGACGUACUGCUAACCGCUUCUAAAACGCGACGAAAAAAUAAAAAAGUGUGCUAAAAGUCGUAAAGUGUAGCAACUCACCUCUGCGUCUUAACAAAGAAACGCAAAUUGAAUAAAGCGUGUCAGAGAUAAAAAGAAAUCGCAAAGUACUGCGGGAGAAAGUUAAAAGAAAACCACACUGAUAAAGUAUAAUUACACAUGAGGCACAAUUUAUAGAUCGCAAAAAAACAUUAAAAAAAUAAAUAAACAGUCGCUACAAAUCAUUGCUCUUUGUGCAAAAGCAAAGACACUGCAAAGUCGGCGACCUAAGUGAAGUGAUAUCGCACCUUCGUUUCAAGCGUAACGCCGUAUAAACGCCAGCAUGGAAGGUCUUGCACGUUCAUUGAAUUUCGAGCUGUCACACGAACUGCCACCCUUGGACCGGUACGCGCAACAAAUACUUGAGAAUAGCAAAACCAUUAUAGUGCCUGCCACGCCUACAGCGCCCACAGUAAAUCUAACCACAACGACGAUCAGCACAUCCAGUGAUUUUUUGCAACGGAUCGGCGCGACGCUACUCAAUUCGAUCAAAUUGAAAAAAUACAUUAAAAUCGACAGUUCACCGGUUGUGGGCGCAUCGCUGGGUGGAGCAGUAGACGAUAUGGAUAUGUUCGGCAUGCCGCCGCCACCGAAUCAUGUGUCGAUCGAUUCGUCCGGCUUUGACGCCGUCGAUGAGCUGCAACGCCAACUGGAGUACGACAAGUUCAUGAACGAGGUGUGGAUCGGCAUUGUGCUCACACUCAUACUCACCUCGAUGGUGUUUUGCGUCUGCUCCUGCUUCCUCUACCAUCAGUUCCGCACGUGGAAGCGAAAUUAUCGCAACACUGUCGCACAAUCACGCAAUGGACACGAAAGUGAAAUCACGAAAUUGCAUCCCGACAUUGACGAUCCCGUGCCCGAGUACACGCUCGUCUCCGGCUUGCCCUCGUAUGAAGCUGCGCUGGAGCUGCUCAACAAGUCACCACAAUCCUGUCUCAUUGUGCAUCCAAGCGUCUUUAGCGUGUUCCAUGUUAAUGAGAAAGCAACAACUAAUGAGCAACAACAACAAACGCCACCAACAACGCCACAAUCUCAGCUCGUUGAAGUGACAACGCCACUGUUGCCAACAAUAAAUGCCGCACAACAACAGCAUGUAGCGGUAGCUACAACAACAACACCAACUUCAAGCAUAGUGAGAGCCGGUAGAGCCUACGCUGUUCUGCCAACUUACGAGGAGGCCAAUAGCCCACACAACUUGUUGCAUGCAACGACUGUCACUUUGACAACUGUCAAUGAGAAGGCGGGGAACGCAGCCGCGGGGAAAGCGCGUGAAAAGCAGACAGCCCUUCCUAUGCCUGUAACAACAACAGCAACAGUAGCAACAACAAUAUCCAGUGACGUCAGUGUGACGCAUAAAAACUAACGGCAUAAUGUCACGGCCAAGUUCCGCCGUUGUCACUAGUGACACUUGAGUGUAGAAGUUUGACAGCUGUCAGUUGGACUGCGCACAACUACACUACUACACCGCAACUGUGAUAUUGUUUACCUUAACUGUUUGUUGUUUUGUACUUAGUUCCAGUGGUUAUUUUUUUAUUGUAUGUAGGUAAUAACCCUUUGUUCAACGCGAAAAUGCAAUUUUUGCUGGAGAUUUGUCAAUGUCAUAAAUAGGUAAAUAGUUUUCUCCAAACGACUGUGAUG